GGCGAGAGAUGGCGCUCGCCUUAUUUGGUGAUAAACAAAUCGCUACUGUUGAUAAUGUCGAUGGAAAUGAAAUGGCGUCCUGAGAAACCAACAUGACAACCAAGUUUUCUAGGCUACCCCCUUCUGGGUCAAAGAAGCCACCAACAGCAAACACCUCUCAACUCACCCACGAUACUGCGAGCAAACAACUUGGGAAUGCACAACUCCUCUUCGAACCCUCUCCACCUAAAAUAGAGAAUACCGCCAAGAACCGUUCACCUAGUCCAAGCAUCAGACGCAGGACACAGAGUGCCAAAACUUCACACAAAAAAGCAUCAAGGUCUUUGUUUGCUUCUCCCAGUGGUAGCUCAGAAAGGAGGCCCAUAUCAGCAGUUGUUCCCGGAGAAAAGAAAUACUUUCCUACGUCCAAGCAGGAUGGACACAGCGAUGCCACCAGUAGGAGACCGAUUCAUGUUACCAUGCCAACGCAGUUCUUGGAGUUUGAGGAAAGCGAACCCUGUCCUCACCACCCAUCAUUGGCAGAACCCCUUCAGAGGCAUGUACAUGUACCGAGGAGAUAUCAGGUUGAACUUGAGUUCAAAGGUCGUGGACCUGAAGAUGUAGCAGGUCGUUGUCAAAGUGCGAUUGGAAAGAACUUGAGGAGAAGUAGGACGUUUCCAGAUGAUUGUUCAGCGAGUGAGGAUAGUGCAGAUACUCUGCCUCGCGGUAUUGCAGCCCUGGCACCGUGGUUAACACCAGGUUUACCAACAGAGUGGACAGGGGUAGAUGCAGAUCGCUGUCUGGUGUUCCUGCCAUCUCUGUUGGCUGAAUCUGAAGCCUUGCCAGUGGUACCCCCACCCCAGGAAGCAUCGGAUGUCAUGCCACACAAAUCACCCCCUCCCCAGCCAAGGCCAUUUGAUCCCAAGAAGCUGUUCCACUAUGAUGUGGAAAAGAAUCUCCCUUCUCACAUGAAAGACUUGGAUGGAACUCGCCCUAAAAGUCGACCAGGCACCUCAAAGCACGGCAGGAUAUACUCCUUGAAUGGACAAAUACUGCAUGAUCAGAGUAAAUAUUCUUGGAACAGAAAUGCCCUAAUGGUGAAGCAGGAAAUCGACGAUCUGGAGAUGUUGCUUGAAGGUGUUGGACGUAAAGGAAGCGCCAAUCCAGUUGUACAGUAUCAGUACGAAAUAAGCAUGCUCAAGAAAGCAGUAUCAGACACAAUUAUUCAGUGCCAUCUCCUGAGGAGACCCAAGCCAAAAGAGGAGGAACCGCCAGAUUUGACUGGAUUACGGGAGUACAUACGAGAACGUGAGCAUGUGCUGGCCAAGAUCAAGGCCAGAAGAGAGGCAUGCAUUGAAGAGCUGGCAAAACUGGAAAAAUCCCUGGGGCUUGGAGACCGCUUCAGUCAAAAUGUAGACUGAGCUUCUAAGAUGCAAAAACCUGCACAAAGUCAUAAUUGUAAAACUCAUGAAAAUUGUGUGUGAGACAGAAUUCUGAAUUUUUUGAAAUGUUUUGUCAUUUCGGAAUCUGUAAUGUCUGCUUUAAUUGUCCUUUGACUAAUUUAUACUUAAAGGCCGGUUGUACUAGUUUUGCCAGGAGGGAUUAGACCUCACAGCGGCCGCCGUGGUCAAUGACAGGUGGCUAUCUCAUCAACUCAGCUCAUCUCAAUUAACAUAAGAAAAAGAGAAUCAUGGAGAACCAAUGGACACUACUUAGGCUAUAGAGGAAGCAAGUAGCUAGUGCAGUGGGGCUUUAAGAGUAAAACUCAUGAAAAUAGUGUGUAAGACAGAAUUAUGAAUUUUUUGAAAU